UUUUGAAGAGCCCAAUUGACACCGCAAUCCUGAAGGUCCCCAUUUAUAUUCAUUACCGACCUGUCUCGUUCUCUGUCAACAGUUGCAAAGCAUUCUUCCUACAUAAACACAAACACCGUUACUUCACAAACAAAUCUUACAAAAUGCCUGCCAUCGAGCACCCCACUAUCAAGGAUGGCUGGUUCCGCGAGAUCUCCGGCAUGUGGCCUGGUCAGGCCAUGACCCUCAAGGUCGAGGAGGUCAUCCACCAUGAGAAGAGCUUGUACCAGGAUGUCCUCAUCUUCAAGUCCACCGACUACGGCAUGGUUCUUGUUCUGGACAACGUCAUCCAGUGCACUGAGCGCGAUGAGUUCUCCUACCAGGAAAUGAUCACUCACCUAGCCAUGAACUCACACCCCAACCCCAAGAACGUCCUCGUUAUCGGUGGUGGUGACGGCGGUGUCCUCCGUGAGGUCGUCAAGCACGAUUGCGUCGAGAAGGCCGUUCUUUGCGACAUCGAUGAAGCUGUCAUUCGUCUCUCCAAGAAGUACCUCCCUGGCAUGUCCAUUGGCUUCGACCACCCCAAGGCCGAGACCAUUGUUGGUGACGGCUUCAAAUUUCUUGAGGAUAAGAAAAACCAGUUCGAUGUUAUCAUCACCGACUCCUCCGACCCAGAGGGCCCUGCCGAGGCUCUCUUCCAGAAGCCAUACUUUGAGCUGUUGAGCGGCGCUCUUCGCGAGGGUGGUGUCAUUACGACCCAAGCUGAGAACCAGUGGCUUCACCUCCACAUCAUCACCGACCUCAAGAAGUCUUGCAAGGCUGUCUUCCCUACCGUCGAGUACGCCUACACCACCAUUCCUACCUACCCCUCCGGACAGAUCGGCUUCAUGGUCUGCUCCAAGGACGGCGAGCGCAACCUCAAGAAGCCUCUUCGCAGCUGGACGCCCGAGGAGGAGGACCAGAAAUGUAGAUACUACAGCAAGGAGAUACAUGAGGCUUCUUUCGUUCUGCCCACGUUCGCUCGUAAGGCCCUCGCCUCGGUCUAAAGCUAUUGGGCUUGAUCUUUUUUGAAAACUACGCUAUUAUAGAUACCACGACUUGUCAACGACCAUCAAAAGUACGACUUGCUAUACAAUCAACACUAUUGAUACACAAUAUCACGCCAUACCCACAUUGACACGCUUUAGGAUCACGAACUGAGCGGAUCCGUAUUACCAAUGACUCAG